CCCCGCCCCGCCCCCGCCCUCGCCUGGGCGACCGCGGAUAAAUCAGGGAGGCGAGCGCGGGGAGCCAGAGCGCGCGGGCGCCGGCAGGCUGGCCGAGCUCCGUUUCCACGGUCGCCCUUGAUGGCGGCGCAGGCGAGGCAGCCAAAGAGGCACGGAGCGGCCGCCACGCGCUAGAGAGCCCGCCCGGCCCCGCCCGGCCCGCCCGGCCCGCCAGCCCGCGCCCUGCCCGCCGCUCGCCCGCUCCCCCGCUCCCGGAGACGUCGGCUCCCCGGCGCGGUUCCCCGGCCGCCGCGUGCAGCCCCGCCGCCUCCGGGCGGGCAAGGAGGGCACUGAUCUUCGAUCGCGAAGAUGGCUGCUGGCUGCCUGCUGGCCUUGGCUCUGACACUUUUCCAAUCGUGGCUGAUCGGCCCCUCGUGCGAGGAGCCCUUCCCUUCGGCCGUCACUAUCAAGUCAUGGGUGGAUAAGAUGCAGGAAGACCUUGUCACACUAGCAAAGACAGCAAGUGGCGUGACUCAGCUUGCGGAUAUUUAUGAAAAAUACCAAGAGCUGUAUACCGUGGAGCCAAAUAAUGCACGCCAGCUGGUGGAAAUUGCAGCCAGAGACAUUGAGAAACUCCUGAGCAACCGAUCUAAAGCCCUGGUGCGCCUGGCUAUGGAAGCCGAGAAGGUCCAAGCAGCCCACCAGUGGAGGGAGGAUUUUGCAAGCAAUGAAGUUGUCUACUACAAUGCUAAGGAUGAUCUUGAUCCUGAAAAAAAUGAGAGUGAGCCAGGCAGCCAACGAAUUAAACCUGUUUUUAUUGAAGAUGCUAAUUUUGGACGCCAGAUAUCCUACCAGCAUGCAGCGGUCCAUAUUCCCACGGACAUCUAUGAGGGUUCAACCAUAGUGUUAAACGAGCUCAACUGGACAAGUGCCUUAGACGAAGUCUUCAAAAGAAACCGAGAUGAAGACCCCACGUUGCUGUGGCAGGUGUUCGGCAGUGCCACUGGCCUGGCCCGGUAUUAUCCAGCUUCUCCCUGGGUGGAUAAUAGUAGAACUCCAAACAAGAUUGAUCUGUAUGAUGUACGCAGAAGACCAUGGUAUAUCCAGGGAGCUGCAUCGCCCAAGGACAUGCUCAUUCUGGUGGACGUGAGUGGAAGUGUGAGCGGAUUGACUCUGAAACUCAUCCGAACAUCUGUCUCCGAAAUGUUAGAAACCCUCUCAGAUGAUGAUUUUGUGAAUGUAGCUUCAUUUAACAGCAAUGCUCAAGAUGUAAGCUGCUUCCAGCACCUGGUUCAGGCAAACGUGAGAAACAAGAAGGUGUUGAAAGAUGCCGUUAAUAACAUCACAGCCAAAGGGAUAACGGAUUAUAAGAAGGGCUUUAGCUUUGCAUUUGAACAGCUGCUUAAUUAUAAUGUUUCCAGAGCCAAUUGCAACAAGAUCAUCAUGUUAUUCACAGAUGGAGGAGAGGAGAGAGCCCAGGAGAUAUUUGCCAAAUACAAUAAAGACAAAAAAGUCCGUGUGUUUACGUUUUCUGUUGGUCAACAUAAUUAUGACAGAGGACCUAUUCAGUGGAUGGCUUGUGAGAAUAAAGGUUAUUAUUAUGAAAUUCCCUCCAUUGGAGCAAUAAGAAUCAACACUCAGGAAUAUCUAGACGUUCUGGGAAGACCCAUGGUUUUAGCAGGAGACAAAGCAAAGCAAGUCCAGUGGACAAACGUGUAUUUGGAUGCGCUGGAGCUGGGACUUGUCAUUACUGGAACUCUGCCUGUCUUCAAUGUCACUGGCCAAUCUGAAAAUAAGACAAACUUGAAGAACCAGUUGAUUCUCGGUGUGAUGGGCGUGGAUGUGUCUCUGGACGAUAUUAAGAGAUUGACACCACGCUUCACACUGUGCCCCAAUGGCUACUAUUUUGCCAUCGAUCCCAAUGGUUACGUCUUAUUGCAUCCAAAUCUUCAGCCAAAGAACCCCAAAUCUCAGGAGCCAGUCACACUGGAUUUCCUCGAUGCAGAGUUAGAGAAUGACAUUAAAGUGGAGAUUCGAAAUAAAAUGAUAGAUGGAGAAAGUGGAGAAAAAACGUUCAGAACUCUGGUCAAAUCUCAAGAUGAGAGAUAUAUUGACAAAGGAAAUCGAACAUACACAUGGACACCUGUCAAUGGCACAGAUUACAGUUUGGCCUUGGUAUUACCAACCUACAGUUUUUACUAUAUAAAAGCCAAACUAGAAGAGACAAUAACUCAGGCCAGAUCAAAAAAGGGAAAAAUGAAGGAUUCAGAAACCCUGAAGCCAGACAAUUUUGAAGAAUCUGGCUAUACCUUCAUAGCUCCAAGAGAAUACUGCAAUGACCUUAAACUCUCGGAUAAUAAUACUGAAUUUCUUUUAAAUUUUAAUGAAUUUAUUGAUAGAAAAACUCCAAAUAACCCUUCCUGUAAUACAGAUUUGAUUAAUAGAAUCUUGUUGGAUGCUGGUUUUACAAAUGAACUUGUCCAAAAUUACUGGAGUAAGCAGAAAAAUAUCAAAGGAGUGAAAGCACGCUUUGUGGUGACGGAUGGUGGGAUUACAAGAGUUUAUCCCAAAGAGGCUGGAGAAAAUUGGCAAGAAAACCCAGAGACAUAUGAGGACAGCUUCUACAAGCGGAGCCUCGAUAAUGAUAACUAUGUUUUCACUGCGCCCUACUUUAACAAAAGUGGCCCCGGUGCAUAUGAAUCUGGCAUCAUGGUAAGCAAAGCUGUAGAGCUGUAUAUCCAAGGAAAACUUCUUAAGCCUGCUGUUGUGGGAAUUAAAAUUGACAUAAAUUCCUGGAUAGAAAAUUUUACCAAAACUUCAAUCAGGGAUCCGUGUGCUGGUCCAGUUUGUGACUGCAAAAGAAACAGUGAUGUAAUGGAUUGUGUGAUUCUAGAUGACGGCGGCUUUCUUCUGAUGGCCAACCAUGAUGAUUAUACUAAUCAGAUUGGACGAUUUUUUGGAGAGAUUGAUCCAAGCUUGAUGAGACACCUGGUUAAUAUAUCACUUUAUGCAUUCAAUAAAUCAUAUGACUAUCAGUCAGUGUGUGAUCCAGGGGCUGCUCCGAAGCAAGGGGCAGGACAUCGUUCAGCAUACGUGCCAUCAAUUGCAGAUAUACUGCAGAUUGGCUGGUGGGCCACAGCUGCUGCUUGGUCUAUUCUCCAGCAGUUGCUCUUGAGUUUGACAUUCCCACGACUCCUUGAGGCAGUUGAGAUGGAAGAGGAUGACUUCACCGCCUCCCUGUCAAAGCAGAGCUGCAUCACAGAACAAACCCAGUACUUCUUUGAAAAUGAUAGUAAAACAUUCAGUGGUGUGCUGGACUGUGGAAACUGUUCCAGAAUCUUUCAUGUAGAAAAACUCAUGAACACCAACUUAGUAUUCAUAAUGGUGGAGAGCAAAGGAACAUGUCCCUGUGACACGCGGCUGCUCAUGCAAGCGGAGCAGACUUCUGAUGGUCCAGAUCCUUGCGACAUGGUUAAGCAGCCCAGAUACAGAAAAGGGCCUGAUGUCUGCUUUGAUAACAAUGUCCUGGAGGAUUACACCGACUGUGGUGGUGUUUCUGGAUUAAAUCCUUCGUUGUCGUCUAUCAUUGGACUCCAAUUCAUACUCCUUUGGCUGCUAUCUGGAAGAAGACACUACCUAUUGUGACCUUCUAAACCCCAGAUCUGCAACUAAAACCCAGACCCUGCCAACACAUGAGCCCUCAGUUACAUUAAAAUAGAGUCAGUUGAAGAAACUACACAGAACAUUAGCUGGGCCUCUACAACAGCAUAAAUCUGAGGCUCAGGUUCUUGAUCACCCACUGGCUGCAUGUCAAGGUGUCAGAACCUGAAACUUGUGUGAAUGCUGCAUCAUCUGUGUCUAGCAUCAAAGCAAAACUCUGUUUGUGCUCUGUGGGAUGUUUGGGAGUUCACUGUUGCGCCAUUGGUCAAAGACUCCCCCAUGCAGGCGUUAUGAAAAGAAGCAGCGUCUUGACUUUGACCUAGGAUUCAACCUGCUGCAGUUUUACCAAGAAGAAAAAAAAAGACCCUAGUGGGGGGCAAUGAUAUUUUUUGCCUUCACUUAUUUUCUGUUAAAAAGUAAUUCCUGCUGUGAGUCAUUAUUAAAUGGAGAGAGAAGGAGGGAGAAAAUACAUUGGUCUAAACUGUUGAAAUACAAACUAAUGGCUAAUUUUUCUACCAAAAAUUUGCCAUGAAUAAAAUGCCUUAUAAAAGAAUGAUUUCUCUGCCAAAAACAAAACACAACUGUGACCAGUUGAGUUUGGGUAAGGUAUGAAGCUAAUAAUGAAGGGUGACUAAGUUACAGGUGCUUGCGGGUGCAAUUGGAGUUCAUGACACAUUUCCUCAUAAAUGAAAGCCCUUUAAUGCGUGGCGUAAUAGCCCUUUUGUUCAAAGUACAGUCAUGUAGUGCUAGCCAGAUAUUUAACUCGCUCUAAGAGAAGCUUGUUGGGGGGGAGGGGAAACAUUUUCCUGUGGUUAAUGAACUUGGGUUGCCAAGGGUAUUUUGCAUGAUGCUGCUGCUAUUUUAACUUUCUGGUUUGUUUUUCUUCUUACUGUAGAGUAUAGUCCACUGAAGAGUUAAAUUGGGUGACAUUAUUGUCAUGUAAGAAUCUGAACCUUGAAGUGUAAAUGCACUCCAGUCAUCUUUUAACACGUUGUUAAACUACUCUGAAUAUACUGUGCGAUGUAAAUGCUGAAUGACUGGGUUAGGCAAAUGAUGAAAUGAGAAUUCAUGGAUUUUAUACAGAUUCAUGCUUUUGCCUGAAAACCUAUGUACAGAUAUUUUAAGUACAUAAAUCAGAUUUAACACAUUUAUUUUUUGAAAAGUACAUAUAUGUUCUCAAAAAAGAUUCAUCUUAGGUUUCCUCUUUGUUCGUCUCAAUAGUAGCAUGUACAAUCCAGAAAUUGCUGCUCUUGCUGCUUCUGUCCUCCAUUUGGUAUGAUCACAUGACCAAAAUUCCCAUGCAACUUCAUGAGGGGUUUUACAUUAAUCUGAACAAAUAGGAAACCUUGAAUCUAUGUGUAUGCACAUGAACACUUGAUUGUGAAUAAUAAAAUUUGUUUUUAUACAGCUUCCUUGGUGGAAAACAUUAGUGUAGUAGGUCAGAAUUUCAUUAUAGAUUAAUAUGGUAGCUAAACUUUAUUUAUGCUUAGAAAAAUUAUUUUCAGGAAUAAACAGUAUUUGAAGAAAGAGUAAAAACAAUGAAUGUGUCUAGAAAGAGUAAUUUUACUGUAAGCUGAAAGUAUGCAUAUAUUCUUUAUGAUAAAUAAAGGUUUUUUUUCUUUUUAGUUAAACAUGCCAAGUAUUGGUGUGUGCAUAUGCUGGAAAUUUUCAUAUAUAUCAUUUUACAAUCAGAAUUAUUUACAUUCUCCAGCAUAAUUUAAUAUGCUCCACAUAUCAAAGUUGUAGCCAACUCUUUAAUAUAGUUUAUUGUUUUGUUUAUAGCUUUGCAUACAUUGUAAUUCCUUCCUACCACCAUGCUAUCACCACCUGAGUACCAUUUGUGUACAUUUUAUAAGCUAAGAUUUUGUUUAAUUCAAAAGGGGGAGAGGCAGUUGGAAUCACUCUGCCAACUAUUGUCCUAAGAAAUGACAUCAGUCACCACUUCUAAUACAUGGUCAUUUUUAGUCUAUUCAUAACUGUUGUUGACCUUAGAAAACAGAAAGGUAAUGUAAAAGGAGGGAAAAUACGUCCAAGUCAUGCUGUUUGUUAAUUAUUUCAAACUUAUUAUUACCUUUUGCUAGACUAUUUUAAAUCCUGGACAUGUUGGGGAAGGGAACUGAUACUUUCUACAUAUAAAGUGAUGCACACUAAAACCAUUAAAUUGCUUCUGGCAAACAACAACCUACCUUAAAUUAUGUUUAAAGUGUAUUGACUAUACUUUCAUGGCUAAUGUCACUCACAGAGUGUUUUACCAUCAAUGACAUUAUUGUAUUAGUCACUGCUGAACUUGGCACCUCUUGGCAAGGCCUUGUUUGAUUCCAGUUCUAUGUCAUCACAACCACAUAUAUGGUAACAAAUUGGGCAAAAAUUUGCCUUCUCACUAAAACUUCUUUUCAUGACAUAUACUAAUGUUCAUGCUUUUGCGUACAGAAUAAAAAAUAAAUGACAGUAAUACCCAUCCGCCAAAAUUACAAUAUCACAUUGAACAUUUUUUUCUGCAAAUUCUAUUGGCAAGAAUAAGUAUAGUGUGUUAUUUACAGAAACAAAACUAAAUAAGAGAUCACUUUAAAAAUGUUUAACUGUUUUUAUUAGUUAAUUGUUGCUAUACUCACAUAGCUAGCUCAGUGUACUUUGUCAUGUAAACAAAGUCAAAACAAGUCCUGCAUUGGUGUUGAGUAGCAGGAAAGAAUUUCUGCAUAAAUGGAUUCAUCUUUUCUUCAUUUGAACAACCAGCAUUACUGCCAAACGCCAAUCGUGGUCCAUAUUUGUAACAGGUUUUUAACAUGACAUAGUUAGCAAGUUUGAUUGAAGAGAUUUUUAGGUCCUGGGCCUACAAGAUUUUAGUAUGAUCUUUUUUCAUGUUUCUAAUGCUUGAAGCAUUAUUGCUUACCUUGGAAAACACAGUGUUGCUGCCAUUUGUAAGUUUUCUUAUAUAUAAUAUUCCUUUUAUUAACUGUAAAACUGGCCUUAUGGGGUUCAAAUAGGCAGUAUCCCUUUUAAGUGACCUUUGCAACCCAAGUGUUACUUGCUUAUUUGAUGCUCUCUUGUACUUUACAUCUCAUUUAAAUGCCUGUCUUCAAGUCACCAAAGCUUAAAUUCUACGUCUUAAUUUAAAACUCGUAAGUCUAAAGGCAUAGAGUCUAACUUAGCAAGACACAAUGGAUUUUGUGAUUUUUUUCCACUUGCCCCAAUCUCCAAAUAUUUUAUCCAUUAGCUGGAACUUGCAUUGUUUUCCAUAGCAGAAUGUUAAUAUUGUUAAUAUUCAGUGUACAUUUCUGUAAAGAACAAAUCACUAAAACAGGACUAUCAAGUGAUGAACACUUUCAGAAUUUUGCAGAAUUAGAUAGCUCUUACCAAUGGUUUCAUCUACCUUGUCUCUAGUUCACAUAAAAGAACCAUGGAAAUUCCACUGAGACUUGGGAUACUGUCUUGUGUAGAUGCCAACUGACUUUCCAAUGUGACCUAGCAAAGCUGUCCUUCCCUUGUGCUGUGUGACUGUGGGAUCAUGCUUUAGGGAUUCCCUUCAUGAAACACUCAUUGUGCAUCAUGCAAAAGGCCACGAGGCUUUUGUGAACAACAGAUCUUUCCUUCCCUUAUUAUGUUCUCUUGACACUUUUGUGGAAAUUAACUAGCAGGAUGAAAACAUUUUGUAAAAAUUUGUAUAAUACUGUUAUAAAAAUAUUUAUAAUCCCAGAAAAUGUUGUGUUAAAUCUUGUGCAAAAACAGUAUAUUCAGAAUAAAAGUUUAUCAUUGAAAGUCGCAA